AUCAGUGUUUGCUGAAGUAUAUGCUCAACCUACGUAACACUGAUUAAUGCUGUCUCGUUAUGUCAGAUGAAGAGAACGCGAGGCGAGAGAAAAGUCUAAUGCCUUUCGAUUUAACCAAACGCGAAGUUGCGGUGCCAUCAUUUGAAUAGAACCUGCCACCAAUCAAUCGAACUUAUAGGUUUAAUGGUGAACUGAGUAUGCUAUCCGGCCGAUAAGGUGAAUUCUUCUAAGUCUUCCGUUUUAAGUCUGACUGGGAUCGUAAAAAUGUCGGAAGAAGUGGACUUACUUAAUGACAGAUGGGAUGCGGAGGGAAGUGCUUCCAGAUACUGUACGAAAAACAAUUUUGAAUCCCACCAGGGAGAGCAGGACGGCCAGCAGCAUCAUGACAACCACGAGCAAAAAUACCCAAUAAGUGACGGAAAUGAUAAUAUUAUGGUUUCUUCCUAUUCUGAUCAGCCGUCUGAUGACACCAAAGCGCCAGACGACCAUGGAGAAACAAACCCCAAUGUGUUUCAGACAGAAAUUCCAAAUGACGUUUCUCGCCCAUCUUCUGUGAUUUCUACCGUGAAUGCUGCUAAUAUGACUACCUCCAAGCCUGCACUGAUGCCUAUUAGCAGAGAAUCAGUGAAGAUAGAAGAAUUUGGUGAUGGCCAAGCAAAGGAAGAACUGACACAAAGCUCUGAGUCUUUCAAAGAGCAACUAACGGAAGACGGUGAGCAUAUUGAAAUACAUGUAGAAGAAGAGGAGUUGAGCAAGGACCCCAGCACAGAUGGCGCCCAGGACGAUGACAGCGGAUGGGACACUGAUCUGGAGAUGGAAGAUGAAAAGAGCAUGUAUGACGUAUCCGGCCGGUAUGUCUACCUAGAAACGUGUAAGGAGCUAGGCGUGGUUCCAGUGUCAUACUUCAUGAGGCACAUGCACGAGCCGGACAUGGUUAUGAAGCACCACGGUCUCGGGGAGGCAGGGGCCAAGGCGAUGGCAGUGCCUUUAGUGACUAAUACUUCCAUCGUUGUUUUGGAUCUGGAGGAUAAUUCUCUUGGUCCGCCCGGUGCUAAAUGUUUGGCAGACAUGCUGAAAGAAAAUUGUUACAUCAGCGAAUUGGGACUUGGGUUCAACCACAUAGGCAGUGAAGGUCUCGGUGCAAUAGCUAGUAUGCUCAAAACCAACGUCAAUAUCAGAAAGCUGAACCUUGCCGGAAAUGAUCUAAAAGACAAAGACGCAGAUGUUUUAGCGAAUAUUUUGAUGGAAAACGAUCUAAUACGAUAUUUAGACCUCAGUCACAAUGAACUGUGCGAAGAAGCGGGAGAACUGAUAGGCCCUGUCAUAAGCGAAAAUGAAGCGUUGGAAAGCUUAGACCUCAGCUGGAACCAUUUAAGGCGCCGAGGAGCAGAGAGCAUAUGCGAAGGUGUACAGAACAAUAUGCGACUAAAAACCCUGGAUCUGUCCUGGAAUGGCUUUGGUAAUGAAGGCGCCGUUGCCAUGGCGUCAGCUCUCAAAUUCAACAGCACGCUAACUGAGCUAAACCUCAGUGACAACCGUAUCACAGCGGAAGGCGCGUUUAUGCUUGGGAAAGGACUGGACGCCAAUGAAUCUUUAAAAAUCCUCAGGGUUGGUAACAAUCCUAUUGGAACAGCUGGUGCUUUUGCUCUACUCAAGGCCAUCAACAACGAAAGGAGUGUCCUGACACUGCUGGAUUUAUCGGGAGUUUUUGUCGAUAAAGAAUUCGACGCUUUGGAGAAAGAAAUGAUUGAAAACCGAGGCUUGACCGUCAUCCAUGCAGGGGUAAUUGGGAAUUAUGUCAUCACAGGAAAAUAUGCCAAAAAAGCAGGUGCCGAUGACUUGACCAAGGAUCCCGUCUUUUUGUUACGACAACACUGCGAGAAAAAAGACAUCCGCAUGGUUGACUUAUUCAGAAACUUUGAUAAGAACGGAGACUAUAAAGUUACGAAAGAGGAAUUCAAGAAAGGAAUAAAGGUUGCUGGGAUCAAUUUAGACGACCAACAAAUACUUGAUCUAGUGGAAAGAUUAGACAAAUGCCCAGACGGCAGAAUCGACUAUUCGGAAAUAUGUGCGUCAGAGAGGGAUCACAUUGAAGAGAAGAGAAAGAUUCAGAACGCACGAAAAGAAAAGACCAAGAAGUCGAAAAAAUCAUCCAAGAAACGAAAAUAACUGCAUCGAAUCCCUUGUUUCUUUAUAAAAUCUAGAUACCCUGAGUAUUAGUAUAUAAUGCUUUUGUAUAUGAUUUAUUAAGAUCCUCAAUCAAUUAUGUACUUCUGGUUUCCCGUCUUGCCUAACCAUGAGAUUGCGCUUUGUGGGCCAGUUGCCAUAUCUUACCCUUAAUUUCUGAGACAACUGGAAACUCACCGUGAUAGCCGUCAAUAUCCUAAUCUAACAGUGUUACACGGUGAACGGUGAGACCAAGUGAAGCUGCGUUGCAUGCAGGUUAAAGAAAGUCACCGUUAGUGCUCGGGGCAUCAACUCUACGCAUUGAAACAUUCUGGGCAAUGAUAUCAAAAUGCUUCUGCAAGUUACUGUAAAGUUACUAUAUUGGCUAGCAGUACAUACGGGUAUAUUUUUUCAUGUUUACAACCGAAAUUUUAUGACUACAAGUGUCUCCAUCCUUUCCACUGGGUUGGUAGCAGUUUAAGAAAAAGAAAUCCGAUGCGUUUAUGUUUUGAUCAUCCUGCAUUACCUCUGUUGUGGGUAACCCUAUUUUGUUCCGGUAGAAUUGUCCUUGAAGUACCAUUUGAUCAACACUUAUAACGCGAACAAAAUGUUCAAGAAAUUAUUUUUAUACUCAUUGCUUGUUUAGCACUGUAAUCGUAUAUUAGUAGGAGAGCCUUCUUAUAUAUUAACUCAGGUAGAAUUCUUUUGAAUUUCACGUUCUCUUUAUUUGCCAGUUUCUUAUCCUUUGGGUAAAUAUAUAUUUAGGUGACGACGAAAAGUGUUUUCACUGAUCUUCAUUAACUUUUCAUCCAUAAUACAUUAGAAAAAAGAUCGAUGAAGCAUCUUGUUCAUAAAUUUCGCCAUGGGCUUAUUAACGCAUUCUAAAUAA